GAAUAUUUUAAGUGGCAACACUUUUAGAGUUGUAGAGUACGUGGAGAAAGUUGACACUUAAAAAUAAAUUCGAAUUCAUUUCUCACAAAAUGCCACGAGCUUCGAUGUUUGAUUCGGAUUCAGAUGAGCGCGAAGAUCUUGCUAUUCUUAAUACUCGUAAGGUCAGCAAUGGCAGGGUGAAAAAGCGUAAGAGGAAGAGCAAAGACACCAUCUACAAGCAGGAUGAACUCCUGAAAUAUAAUAACCAUAACUCCUCCAGCACUUUUCCAGCUGUAAAUGAACCAUUGUACCGUGGACGAGACCCAAAGCCGCUGCCCACCAAGUUCCGCGGUGAUAAGGAUGUUCUGGACUUCGGCCUCGGGAAACAUGCGGAUCCCAUGAACCUCGUCCACGAAGAGGGUUCAAUGAAACCUCCAAAGUCAUCGAGGAUUGUCAAGACGCGACGAUUGCCCAACGAGGCAAUAACAUUUCGAACUGAACGCCAAGAUGUUCUAAGAUCCCCCGUCAGAAUAGAACUUAAUCUGCCAAUGGCUUCACAUUGGUUGUUUAAUCGCCAUUUUCGACCCGUGUCACCUCUCCGCAGGAGCUUUGUGGAUGAUAUUGAUAUAGAUACGCCAACGUUGGAGGAUAUAUGGUGCAGUUACUUGAACGUGAAGAUGGGAAUUAUACAGCUCUCGGAUGCUGUAUGGCCAUUGUGUUGCAUGGCGAAUUUGGAGACAUCCAAAACUCCGCCUACAAAAAGAGUUAGGUGCGCCGAAAAUCUCGAUAAUAAGAAUAUUUUCGAAACUGGUUUGGAAAGGCAGAUCGGAGAGAAUGAGCUGCGGGUCUUGAAUCAGUGGUUAGAAUCUGAGGUGCUCAAUAGUCCUCAUAUUGAUAUGGAAAAAUACGAUUUAAAUGGAAAGGAAAGAAAAGGAAAUGCACCCCAGAAGCCUCGGAUUCUAGACAAUGAAGAAGUCUCCUUUUCUAACUUGACUAUUGGAAUCGAAGAGGAGCGAGCCAUCAAGGAAUGGAUAAAUAAGGAAGGGCUCAGCGAACACUACAGUGAUAUAGAUGAGUACGAUAUGUUAUUUAAACUAGCCAGAGAUCCUGAAAAGAACCGCGAUCUUCUGUUUGACUUACUGAAGCCCAAGGAUCUUAUCCCCCAGGAUAAGGCUGUUUGGAAAAAGUAUCCACCAAAGUUAUUGGAAUUGUCACAGAAACCAGAUUUUGUUGAGCCUGAUCCUUCCUUGGAUAAUAUUCCAGAACAGCCUGUUAUCCUCGAUGUCAAAGACAUUAAACCAUUAGUCCCCAAACCAGAGGACGAGGCAGAUAUACAGGGUUGGCUACAGCAAUGCAGUGAAACCAUUUCCCAACAACUGCAGCUUGUCAUCAAUGAGGACAGUUCCAGCAAACCAGCUUCUGCAGAACCCGAGGGCAUUGACUUCGAAUCCGAGAUUAGCAAGCAGCAACUGCAACCCCGAGUCCUGGGAGAAAGCAAUAAAAAACUCUCACCAGAAUCAGGAUGGCAGAACAGCUUCACAGUUCGCCUCGACGACUUCGAGGACAUCGUCGACUACAAUAUGACAGAGUUUAGGGAUCCCCAAGCUAAGAGAAUCCGAUCCAAGUGGAACCAGCGCUUUGGAUUUAAGUCGGUGGAGAAUUUGAGAAGAUGUGUGCUGCUUCCGCCUCUGCCAGUUCAUCUGGACAAGUGCCUCCAGAGGAUCAGAAUCCUAAGGCGUCCCAACAGGCACAAUGUGGAGCAAUUGCGCCUGCGCGUCGAGAUGAAUUUUUGCAAAACGUAUUGCACACUGAGUAUGAACCGAAAUUUGAAUCUUGGAAUUGCGGCUCAUACCCUAGGCAACGCCGUCUACAAUAGAGACAUAGGUGUGAUCCAAGUGCGGUAUGAGGCCACACAAAUAGCCUGGAUUUGGGCCGAUGGCAGUGUCUUGAUAAUCAAUGGAAGAGGCAAAGCGAUGCUGGCCGAAACCCAAAGGGAUAUAUUUUUCAAGAUUUCUGGAAAGCCGAACUUUAAAGCCGACCCCACACACAAGCUUCUACACCUUCGUCUCAUUUCCUGUGCUCACUUUCCAUGGGGCAUCUCUUUGCCGGAAUUCACUGCGUCAAGCGCUAUUUCUUCAGAACCCAAUAUGAAGUAUGUCUACUACGUGGACAAGACUAUUCCCAGGGUGGUAGCCCGUGUCCAUGAGACGGGAAUGAUCCAGGUGUUUGCCAUGACCACGAGUGAUGCGGAUAAUAUCCUGAAGAUCCUCUACCCCAUUACGGCCAAUCACCGCAAGGCCACCAUCAAAACAGAAAUAAUUGGCAAAGAAGUCAAGUGAAUAACAUAAUUACUUAAUCAUUUCAUCUAAAAUAAAAAUAAUAAAGCUUAUUGUAUAGCGA